AUGAGAGUUUCAGACCAACAUGAGCCCCAUUUGCGGGAAAUCACCUCCUUCAUCAGCUUGGCUCCCGAGGGCGGGGGCAGCGGGAGGGCGGGCCCCUCCGCGUUCCUGCACUGCAGCGCCGCGAGGCUCGCCAAGGGGCUGCGCGAAUACACCAAGAGUGCCUAUGCAUCUGCAUCUCAGGACUUUGUGCCUGAUGCCUUAGAGGUCCAAGUUCCUGGAAGAGCUUUCUUGGUCAGCUGAGGGAACAGUGGCAUUGGGAAAAGCACUGCUAUUGACAGAGCCAAGCGAGGUGGCACAGUUCACCUGGUUUGUCGAGAUCAAGACCCAGCUCCAAGUUCCAAAGGUGAGAGCAUCAGGGAGAGCGCUAAGCAGAACAUCUUUCUGCAUGUGGAUUUGUCUGAUCCCAAGAAAAUCUGGAAAUUUAUUGAAAAUUUCAAACAAGAAAAUCAACUCAAUGUUCUGAUCGAUAAUGCAGUGUAUGUGGUCAAUAAGACAGAGCUCACUGGAGAUGGACUUGAAAAACACUUUGCUACCUCUGCUCUGGGUGUGUAUAUUCUUACGACUGCCUUGAUCCCUGCGUUGCAGGAAGAACUAGACCCCAGAGCAAUACCAGUCUCCUCGGGAGGAAUGUUGGUUCAGAAAUCGAACACCCGUGAUCUACAAUCAGAAAGGACAGCACUUAAUGGAACGAGGGCCUAUGCAUAAAACAAGAGGCAGCAGGGGCCGCUGCCGGAGCAGUGGGCCCGAGGGCACCCAGCCAUCCCGGGCUCAUCACGCCAGGGAGAUCGGGACCCCGGCUCCACAUAGUUGCCUCUUGCUAGGACAGCGUCACCGGCUGAAGAGGAGGAGUUGACGGGAAUCCUGGGAGAGCGGCUCAGAGCGCACAGCAUGAUUAUGGGAUAG